UGAAUUGAAAAUAAUCUCGAAUCUAAUCUCGUCGCUACUCUUUCGGGGCCGAUCCCCGGCAGUGUUUGGAAAAACGCAUCCGGUCAGUUUUUCUUUUGGGAAAUAAAACGCGGACCUUCCAACAAAAAGAAAAAGUUGGAGGACAUUUUGGUUCGUAGAAUAUCACACAAAAUUUGGUGACAGCAGGAGAAGCAAGAAGCUGCGAAAAAGCUGCCCCGUGGAAAAUGUUCGAUUUUUGCUUUCUCCCGUGAAAGCAGCUGCGAUUUCAGUGCAGUCCAGAAGAAGAAGGAGAGGAAAUAGAAUUAGGUGUCGGGUAAUUUGGGCUGAAAAUUGUGUGCGCUAAGUGGAAAAUUAUUGUUUUGACAGUGAGUGUGUUAAGGAAAAACAAAUUUCAAAUCUUUUGGAUCUUCGUAUUUGUCAUUCGUACCUAAUCUCGUCGGGUUCAUAAUACUUGAGGAGCGAGUGCUGCAGCGAAAGGGUUAACAGAUGAGUGGGUGCUAAAAAGAGCAAAUAAUACGGAAAACCUCAGCUUCAUCUACGAAGAGUCGUUCUAAAUUUAUCACCGCGAAAAUCGGACAGUAAAAACAAGGAGAAAAAUAGUUUUCGCCACAGCGUUUCUCGGGAGGGCCAGAAAAUUGCAGAAAAAGCACAAGAAGAUCCGCCGUUUGAGUGAAAGUGUUGAAGGCCAAUCCUUGCCGUUGGCCACCGGAAGAAUUCCCCCAGUGUCUGGUUGGUAACGGUGCCAUCGUUGCGAGCCUGGUUUGUGUCGCCCCGAAAGCCGUUCGGGAGAUCAUUUUCGGUGGAAGCGAAGCGUAAACGACAUCACCACGGAGACGGCACGGAGAAAGCAACGCGGAUAAUGAAGAGGAGAAAUGCCGAUUGUGGCAAGAUUCGGCGACCCAUCAAGAGGAACAAAAUAGCAGAACAGAUUGGAAGCAACACGCUGCUAUACGUGAAAUUCCUUUUACUAUGGGCGUUCGUAAUUACGGCUGACUUCUUACUCGAGUUCCGGUUUGAAUUUUUGUGGCCAUUUUGGCUACUGCUCCGCUCAGUAUAUGACUCGUUCAAAUACAAAGGACUGGCCUUUUCAGUACUGUUCGUAUGCAUCGCUAUCACUUCGGACUUAGUGUGUUUGUUCUUCAUCCCGGUGCAGUGGUUAUUUUUCGCUGCCAGCACCUACGUAUGGGUGCAGUAUGUGUGGCAUACAGACAAAGGGGUCUGUCUGCCAACCAUCAUUCUGUGGAUAUUGUUCGUCUACCUUGAGGCCGCCAUCCGGUGGAAGGAUAGCCGAAACAUUCCGCAUCUCGAUCUCUGCCGGCCAUUCGCAGCACACUGCAUUGGCUACCCGGUGGUAACACUUGGGUUUGGCUUCAAGAGCUACGUAGGCUAUCGAAUAAGGCAGCGCAAACAGCGUGAGGUAGCCAAGGACAAUGACUUCUACAUGCAGUUGCUGCUAGAAGCCCUGCCGAAAGACGAGUCCACCGUGAAUGGUGAAACAAAUGCGUCCGUCGAUCCGCAACAGCAAGAUCUUCAACUGUCGCCUUCUGCUCAGCAGAAGGAGCUUUCGGUGGCAGCUGCGGUAGUUCAACUGCAAAGCAGUAGCUCCAACAGUACUAGUAGUAAUAGCAGCAACAGCAGUGGUGGUGGCGGAGGACAUCACCAUCACCAACAUAGUAGUAAGAACGCUCAAAGUCAUAACAAAUCACAGAGCAAUGUGACUUCCACGAGUCACGUGAAUGGUCAUGCCGGGGGUGGAGGAGGUGCCAUGGCAGGAUCGACGACGACUAGCACUAGUGGAAAUAACAGUACGAUGAAUGGUGGGGUAGGCCAUUCAAAACACCUUCAUCGGAAGAGUUUGGACAAGGACGGUUCCGGGACUCCGAGCGGGAAAGCCAACAGUUAUUCAUAUCACCAACAACAUCAACAUCUGAGCAGUACGGGCAGUCAUAACAGUGCUAAGGAAAGCUCACGAUCGAACGAUAGUUCUCAUACGAAUGGUGCUGCCAUGUCUCCAAAGGAGAAAAAAGACUGUGACUCGAUGGGUCCAAAGUCUCACUUUGAUAGUCUCUCUUCAGCUAGUUUUCAAUAUGUAAACAGUGGAAAUGGAAGUUCAAAUAAGUCUACGCAGGCCACUGAGCAUAACCAUGACAGUGGAGGGGGAAGCCGAGGUAAGGGUCAGCAAAACGGCCACGUGAUGAACUGCGAGAUGGAACUGCAUUUGCAAUCGCAAGUUCAGCAACACAAUCACAUAGAGAAUGAUCCACCGGCGGAACCAAAAACAAAUCGUGCCGGUCGCAAGAAUCGCGUUAAACAAAAAGAAAACGCCAAUCAUUUGGCAGCGGUACGCCUCGCAGCUACUCUUGCAUUGGCUUCUUCAAUAACCACCCUGACGACUACAGCGGCUGCAACGACGGUGCCAACGGCAACGACGACAACAAACUCCACUACGACAUCAAUGACUUCCAAAGACAAUCAUCUACACCAUAAUCAUCACAACCACGACCAGCAGCAGCAGGAACAUCAUGCCGCACCGGGCGGCAACAGCACAGUCUCGAACAAUACUCAAAAUGGCGGCAACAGUACGACCACCGGUUCUACGGUGGUCAGUUCCAAUGCCACAGCACCGGUUCCGUCACAGGUCCAACAACCAGUGCCACCGCCAGUGGUUCCGAAAGUUUGCGACACUUGCAGCCGACUGGAGACUGAUGCCAAGAAGCUUCGCUCGGAGAUCAACAGUCUGAAGCAAGGCGAGUACGAAAUGCGUCAAAAGUACGACUCGAACACCGGGAACCUAAAGUCCUGUUUGCAGGCCAAACAGAAGGAGCACGAAGAGUUGCAGAAUAAAUUUCAGGACCUGACGACCCAGCGACAACAGGAACGGCAGAGUAUGCAAACGGUCGAACGUCGGUUAGGAGAAGAGCGACGCGUCCGGCAGUCGUUGGAGUCUCAACUCCAAAACGAACGCAAGCAUCGGAAACAAGCAGAAGAGAAGGCUGCCCGGGCUGAGUGUGGUGAGUCGUGCAAGCUUAAACGCCAACAGCUAGAAAUGGAAAUACAAAAACUGCGGAGAGAGUUGAUAAACUCGGAGGAUGCAAAGCACAACGCCGAAGCGCAGAAUCGAAACUUUGAGCAAGAGAUGCGCAAAAUAGAAGUACAGCUUCGAAACCGGGAAUCUCAGCAAAGCUCAGAGGUGCUCAUGUCAGCUCUUAAAGCGAUGCAGGAUCAGAACACUACUCUGGAAAAGAACUUGUCAGCCGAAACGAGAGUUAAGCUGGACUUAUUCUCGGCCCUUGGCGAUGCUCGGCGGCAACUGGAAAUAGUGACCUGUUCUGUUCGCGCUAAGGAGAAAGAAAUUAUGGACCUAAAGGCGAAAAUCGUGCAACUUGUAGCAGUAAUGCCUGGCGUAGCUGGAGAAUCACUUUGCAUGUCCGUACCCGGCGGACCCUCUUCGGGAGGUGGUGGCGGUUUGCGACUCGCCGAUACGCCACAAUUACUUUCACAGUCCGUACUAAACGGACAGCCCAGUCCAAUGUCGCACAUUGUAAUGAACUCACCACCGUUGAUCAGUCAAUUGAGUCAGCUUGGCGUGCUGACCUCAACGAUCACGACACCGACGGCAGCUAUGACCGGUGUUGUGGGAGCCGCAACUAACGUGGUUGCCGGAGGCGCAGGAAUGAUACCGCACACACAGGUACACCAGCAGCAGACUGCGGCAGGAGUGGUGACUGUAGCUGCUGCCGUCGCCGCCGGUUCCAAUGGCCAAAUAGUACAAAUGCAAAACUCAAACAACUGUCCCUCCAGUCUUGACCCAAACGCGUCAGUCUAUACGCCCAAAAACUGCUCCUCUUCGAUGGUCGGCGGGACCGAAGCUUGACCUGCACCGAUGGAAUUGCAACAACAAUUCCUUCCAAUCAGCAACAUUAGCAGCAGCACAUCUUUCCCCAGUCUUGAUCUAAUCAGCAGCUCUAGCGAUGCCAAUCAUUUCAUCGUUCCGGCUCAAGCCCUACUUCAUCAGCAAGCGACGCAGCAGAUGCAACAGCAACCGCCAGGUAAUCCUUUCGUCUGAUCAACUGGCAAAUGGUUUUGUAUUUAUCUUUAAAGAUCUCGCGAGAAUUUCAAACACACACACACAGAGAGAUCCUUUCGAAGAUAACGUUCCUAGUCUUUUCGAUCCUAGCUUGUUGUGUCGCGGCCCAUGUCUGAUGACCGGAGUUUUUUUUCCGUUCGCAUAUGUUUUAAAAGAGAUCAUCCAAAUUGUUUGCUCUCAUUUGCAUAAUUUUAUAUUUUUGAAAUGAACUGAAGUCAUCCUUUAAAAGAAUAAGUUUUCUUCGCAAAAUGAACUUGGCACUUUACAACGCACACUUUAUAACAGUGAUUAAAUAAUUAGUAAAAAAAAGUUAACUCUACAA